AUGGAUCGCCACAUGGCCGCACCUCCGGGUACGUCUACUAUCAACGAGUCUGGGCCUUCUCUAGACUCUAAGAUAGACUCGAGCGAACUCAAACGCGAUGGCGACAUUAUUCUGCAGCCACAACCUUCAAGCAGCCCGAAUGACCCGCUCAAUUGGUCACCUAGAAGGAAAGAGUGUAUAAUGAUUCUUCUCGCUUUUAGUUCAGGUGUCACUACAUCCCUUGGACCGAUGGUGACGCCUGCGCUUCCCCUCAUUGCUAUGAAAUACAAGGUCAACAUCGACAUGGUAGCGAGUCUUGUCAUCGGAUUCCUUGCCUUCUGGAUCGGGUUCACUACAUUCUUCACAGCUGCUGGAGCCAAUAUCUGGGGCAAGCGUCCAUUCUUCAUCAUAUCCACCGUGAUCCUUCUUGCAACAAAUGUCUGGGGUUUUUUCACAAGGUCCUUCAUCUCUCUCGCUGUCAUGCGAGUUGUUCAGGGUAUCGCCUCAGCACCUCUCGAGACACUUGUUACCUCCACAGUCUCCGAUAUGUACUUCGUGCACCAACGCGGUACACGUAUCGCAGUCUGGGGCUGUAUGCUGGCUUCUGGCGUUCUUCUUGGACAAACAAUCGCCGGUGCCAUCAUCCAGAACAUCUCUUUCGAAGCGACUUUUGGUAUCUCCGCUUUGAUAUUUAUCCCCAUCUUGUUCGGCAUGUACUUCUUCGUCGUUGAGACCACUUACUAUGGCCCCCGGCCUACCAUGGACAAGCUCGGAGUUGAUGAGAAACACAAGUCUGUUUUCGAGCUCGAAGACGACAGGGAGCCUUAUAGAAGCCAGCUGGCAAUUUUCCGUGGCCGCUUAUCACAAGAGUCGUUCUGGAAGAACGCCUGGAAGCCAGUGCCACUUAUUGCUUUCCCGGCAGUACUCUUCAGUACAAUCGUUUACGGAUCUUACUUUACCUGGCUGCUUACUAUCUCCGUCCUCUCCGUCAAUAUCUUCUCUGCACCACCGUACUCGCUGAACCCGGCACAAGUCGGUCUUACUAACCUGCCUCUCCUUGUCGUCGCACUGAUCGGCUCACCUCUCUCUGGCUGGACAGCCGACGCCCUUGCCAAAUUCAUGGCACGUCGCAAUCACGGCGUUUUCGAACCGGAAUUUCGUCUGACGCUUAUGAUCCCCGCGACCAUCUUCGCUACCAUUGGCUUUCUGGGCUUCGGCAUGAGCGUCUCAGCUGGCUAUCCCAUUGUCUGGCCCUUGGUCUUCAUGUCCAUCCACUCGCUUUCCGUACCGUUCGCCUCAACAGCCAGUCUGACCUAUGUAAUCGAUUGCCAUCCCAAAGACGCGAACCAGGCUUUUGUGACAAUCAAUUUUACAAAAGCAGUGUUUACUUUCAUUGCGACAACAUAUGCUAACGGCAUCAUGGCGAAUAUUGGGCCUCGCGCCGUCUUCGACGGAAUCACCGUUAUCAAUCUGGGGAUCUGCGCGCUUACCAUUCCAGCGUACAUAUUCGGAAAGAGGUUUAGAAGUUUGGUUGCGCGAAGCUCGUUUGGUAAGAAGCUAUCAGGCUAG